GGAUAUAAACAUAUAAUUAGGCCAGAAACAAGAUUGGAGUAUGAUGAAAUAGUGAAAAAUCAUUAUUUAUCUCAUCAGUUCCAGGUUAAAGCACACAUCGAAUUUUGAAAAUGUCAAUCGGAGGAAAGUACGUGAGGGCUCCAGAGCCGCACAGCGAUUCUGAAGACGAAGACGAACACAUCAGCGAAUGGCAGCAAGAAGCAGCUAACCAUGUCAAGCAAGAACAGUUGGACGAGUGUGACGUUAGUUCCGCGAACGAGACACUUGGAAGUGAUGACGACACCGAUGAUAAUGAAGACGGAAACAUCGAACCCAGAGAAGAUCGUGACAUGACGCUGCGAGGAAACCAGGAUUACGCCCUUAGAAUGGACAGAAUGCAGAGCACGCUAAAUAAAUUGGUACAGGACAUGAACACUUACCAAGCUCGUGCUACAGUCGCUCCGAUCCAUCACGACGAUGACCGUAGUUGGAACAUUGGAAUCGAGACCCCCGGACCGUCAACCAGUUCGGGUAAUAUUCGUUGGGAAAAUAUUCAACCAUUCCCGAACGACGUCCCUGCAAAUCAGAUGUGGGAACAAUGGAAUAGAUUUAUUGAUCGAUUUGAAAUUGCCACCUCGCUAUCCAACGUAAACGAUCCCGCAAAACGAUCCCAAAUUUUGUUUCUCUCCAUGGGAGAAAAGCUGCAAGGGAUCGUUAGAGCAGCAAGAUUGCGCCCAAGCCUACGUGAACCUAAUUGCUAUGGUAUUUUCGUUAAGAGUAUCGAAAACUACCUGCAGUCCAUGGUAGACAUAACGGCAGAACACGAAGCUUUCUCGAACCUGCGCCAAGAACCAGAUGAGCCUACAAUCACAUUCCAUGCAAGGCUUAUGGAAAAAGUGCGCCUCUGCCGAUAUAGCAGCGCCGACGAGGAUAGAUUUGUCCGAAUGCAGCUAUUGAAGGGUAUGCGGAACAAAGAAUUGGCCAAGACAGCCCGCACCUUUGGGUAUGAAACAGCUUUCAUUGUACAAUCGGCAACACGUGAGGAGGCAUUCGAAGCCGAAGCAGGACCAUCCAGAUCUUCCCAGGCAUUUGCAGUAACACGAAAUCGUCAAACAACAUACGGUGACAGAUUUCCAAGGAAGCGCCGUUUCGUUCCUCCGGGUAAUCACCAAAUUCAUGCUAAGCAUCAGAGAAGAGAAGAUAAUAACAGCUAUCGUGGGGUAGGACGACGCUCACGCUGCCCAAAGUGUUACCGUUUAUACCAUAAGUUUGGAACUUGUCCAGCAAACGACCGCAAGUGCAACGCAUGUGGAGAAACAGGACACUUUGCCGUAGCAUGUCGCACCGGUCGCAGUAAGGAUGCCAAUCACAUUCAAGAACAGAAGGACCAUGUUCCAGGAUGGACAGAUGACGAGAAUGAGAAGAAGCAAAUCAAUGCGCUCUCACUCACUGACGUACUUAUUGAAUGUCGAAUUGGAUCUUCACACCCGAUCAAGUUUCUUAUUGAUUCUGGGGCAGAUGUGAAUAUUAUCGGUGGUCAGGAUUGGGUCCAAUUGAAGCGUCAAUUCCACGCAGGCAAGGCUGUAUUACAACCGAUCGAACUGUCCACUAUCAACGACUUGCGGGCGUACGCGUCAGAUAAACCUAUAUCAGUUAAGUGCGCGUUCAAAGCAGAAAUCGAAGUAGUUGAACAUAAUAAGCCUUUGCUCACCACCGAAUUUCUGGUUGUAACCGAAGGACGUCGCUCUCUUCUAGGACGAUCGACCGCAAGCGACUUGAGACUGUUGCAAGUUGGCGCAAUGGUAAACACAUGUGAAGUAGUGGACGUAUCCAAAAUAUUUCCAAAGGUUCCGGGUGUAUUGGUUAAAUUCAGCGUGGACGAGACUGUCCCACCAGUUAGGAACGCCUACUACAACGUGCCCGCAGCAUACAGGAAAAGCGCACGUGAACGACUUCAGGACAUGGAGAGGCGAGGAAUUAUAGAGCGUAUCACAACAGCACCUAAUUGGAUUAGCGGCAUGUCAGCUGUCGCCAAAGGGAAGGACGAUUUCCGCCUCGUCGUUAAUAUGCGUGCGUCCAAUCAAGCAAUAAAGCGAGAGUAUUUCCGAUUACCGCUAAUUGAAGAGAUGAAAGUCAAACUUCAUGGAGCGAGAUUUUUUUCAAAACUCGAUUUGACAAACGCCUUCUACCACUUAGAGUUGCACAAGGAGUCGAGAGACUUGACAACCUUCCUAUCGGAGAAUGGCAUGUUCCGAUUCACUCGACUGAUGUUCGGAGUUAACUGUGCUCCAGAGAUCUUCCAGAGGGAAAUGACGCGAAUCUUGGAUGGUGUGGAAAACAUAAUAAUUUAUAUUGACGACGUCCUCAUAUUCGCGGAUAGCUUAGAGAAGCUGCGCGAAACAGUGUCCGAAGUAUUAAGAAUCCUCAGAGUCCACAACCUGACCAUCAAUUCAGCGAAAUGCGAAUUCGACAAAACAAAAAUUCGCUUCAUCGGUCACCAACUAGAUGAAAACAGCUUCAAUAUCGACGACACAAAAGUUAGGGACAUCCGAAGAUUUAGACAACCAUCUACAGUUUCUGAACUUCGAAGCUUUUUGGGAUUAGCUUCCUUCGUCAGUCCGUACAUCAAGGAAUUUGCAGACAUUGCUAGUCCUUUAUGGGCAGCGACUAGGGCCGAUGGCUGGAUAUGGGGUUUGGAGCAAGAGAGUGCUUUUCGAAACUUAAAGGAGCAAAUUAUGAAUUGCACCAUAUCUCUUGGAUACUUCUCGGAAAAACACAAAACUUUUCUCUACACGGAUGCCUCUCCGAAUGCCCUUGGCGCUGUUCUUGUUCAGCAAGACAGCGAUCAUCCACCCGUAACACGUGAAAAUUCUAAACGCGCUUUAGCUCGUGCUGAUGGCUGGGCUCUGAGACUUAGUUCCUACAAAUUUGAUGUUGAGUAUGUUUGCGGUCGAGACAACAUAGCGGAUCCGUCAUCCAGGCUAUAUGAAGGCGAGGAUGAACCAUUUGCUGAAGAUUUUAGCCCCUGGGAAAUCGCUGUUCUGGAAGCAAAUCAAGCUCUUUUUCUGACGGAAGACGAAAUAAGGGAAGAAACAGCAAAAGAUCGCCAUCUGCAGGAGGUAGCAUAA